CAAACCACAGCACUUUCUCUUGUUUGUUUUGCUGGUUGUUGUUGUUGUGGUGUGAGGAUGAGUGUGUCGGGGUCGUCGUUGUUGGAGCACCCUGUGCUGGAGAAGCAUGACAUCCUGUGCGAGCUGAUAGGGGCCGUGCUGGGGCCAGAGCAGGCGCAGCGGCAGCGAAGCACAAGCAGUGGAACAGCCAUAGGACCAACGUCGCCACCCGUGAGCGAUGGUGGUGCCAAGACGCUCGACACUGCUGGCGAUGAUGCCACUGCACCUUCUUGCUCAUCCUUCAACACACAGUCCAGCAGCUCUUUGCCCCCAGCAACAUCCACUUCGUCAACGGCAUCGACAUCAUCCCUGUCGUCGCCGUCAACAACCCUCGUCUUGCUCUGCCUACAAGCGUGCACCCACGGCGCCAGAACACGCCCGAUGCUGGCGUCAUCCGAUUCAACGCGAAGAAGAGGGCAGCCGCAGCCGCUGUGGUCCGUCCUUGACAGCGGCCUCGAUGCGGACCCUGGUGAUGGAACAGAAUCGCCACCUUCAUGCACGCCGCCGCUGGUAUCCUCACCAACAGCGACCGUGAGCGAUACUGGGGAGGAAGCAGAUUCAACCUGCACCAGCAUCACCGCACCAUCCACACACAGCUCUUCAACGACAGCAUACGAGCUCACACGCCGAUUCCUGUUGGAGUGUGACGUUGAAGAUCGAGCCAUCUUGGAGCGUCCGCUCCACGCAGCCGUCGCCUUGCAGCAAUGGCUCUCUGUGCAACUUGACGAGAAGCGACUGAGCACAACGCUUGAAGCAGCCUACCGGCAAGCAGACGUGGCCCGCUGCUACUACCACCCGUGUGCGCUGCUGCUGUGCGAGCAGGACCGCGCGUGUCUGUGUUCGAUUCUGCGGGCGCUUGAAGAGCGCGUGGACGCACCGAGCCCCGUCGCCAUUGUCGCGCGCAAAUUCAACCCACAGGCGCCGAUUGUGUUUGCGCGAAACCACGCGCGUCUCCGCUUUGUGGCCACGGCCAAUCUCUCACGAAGAGACAGCCACGCAGCGGUUGCACUGCAGCAUCUUCGACGGAAGCGGGAGGACGUCUCCACCACCACCAACGAUUAUGGCGGCACACACAACAACACCCGUGGACACGCAGGCACUGACACAACCAAACACACCACCGCCAUUAAACACACCACCGCCACCACCACCACCAAACACACCGCCACAACAACGACAUCAUCAUCAUCAUCAUCGGCACCCAAACGAAGCCAACACAAAAGUGCACACUCCACAGUCAGCAGUACCAGCAGCAGCAGCACCACCAGCAGUGCGACGGCUGCGGGCGUGUCGACAUGUGUGGUGGAUGCAAAGGCGACGGAUGGGACCAGACUGACCAGCGCUGCGAAUGACGGCGUGAAGGAAGAUCAACAAGGAAGACAAAGCCGCAAGCAGCAGCAGCAAGGGCGACAGCAGCAGCAUGAGGAGGUGGAGGAGGGGUAUCUGUGUGUGCAAAUACCGAUGACGUCACCAACAGCGGUGCCAGCACAUGUGGACGAGGCGGAGGAGAGCGCAUUUGAAACGCUCGAAGUUGUGUGGACCCCAAACGUGGAGCUCCUGCCCCUCACACACCCAUCACGACUGCCGCCUGGGUGGGAUAGCGCAUAUGACCCCGUGACGGGCCACAACUACUACAUCAACAAGCAGACGCGCAUCACAACGUGGACACAUCCGCUGGCAAACGAACCCACACCCACAGACGCAGUGGCGCUGGAGCUGCGACCAACGCACCCGUUUGACGUGUACUUUGUUGUCUCCGACAGUGGCGAGGACACGGGCAUUGUUGCGCUGCUGGGGCACCCGAGCGGGCUUGCAUCGUCACGCGCCGCCAGCGUGAGUGGCAGGGCAGCCAUGCUCAGCCGCGCACGCACUGCCGCCGCAGCCACCACCACCACCACCACCACCACCACCACCACCAGCAGCAGCAGCAGCAACAACAACAACAACAACAACAACAGCAGCAGCAGCAGCAGCAGCCGUGAUGGUGGUGGAGAUGGUAAUGAUGGCAGCGGUUACAGUGGCGAUGAUGAUGAUGGUGGUGGUGGGGUGCUGCGUGCUGAUGACGGGGUGGAGUUUGAUGCCGGCUGCACAUCGCCGCAGCGCCACACGUUUGCAUCGGUGCUUCGCGAUGCGCAAACGCGGACAGAGGCGCUUGUGCUUGAGCUCCCGCUGUUUCAGCUGCAAACGCUGGCGCACACGCUGACCAAGUGCAGGGCGUGCCACGUGCGGCAGGUGCUGCCGGACUGGGAUAUGAACGUCAACACGAAGGAGCUGCAACGCGCCAUCUUCGCCGAGCGCCACGCGCGGAGAAGCGCAGACAUCGGGUUUCAGUAUGCGUGCGCUUGGUCGCGGCAGUUUGAGGCCGAUGACGACGCCCAAGAGGGGCGGGUGACGUCGGAUGUGCUGCGCUCGUAUCUGACCGAGGACGGCCGCUUCUCGGAGUUUGAUGCAUUUCGGAAACUCCUCUUCUUCAAGCCCCUCUCUUGGACAGUGAGGCAGCAGGUGUGGCCAUUCCUGCUUGACGUGUUUACGCCCUGGUCCACGGCUGAGCAGCGCCGUCGCAUCUACAGGAGGAAACGAGACCAGUAUGCUGCGCGCAAACUGGCGUGGACCUCUGUGGCCGACUGUGACGCAUCGCACGUGCGUCAUGUUGUGCGCGACAUUGUGAAAGACGCAGCACGCACGGACCGCGGGUUUGCCAUGUUUGAGGGCGCCAACAACGUGUGGUUGGAGGCGAUGGUGGACAUUCUUGCCACCUGGACACUUGAUGCUCCAAACCGAUCAUACAGCCAGGGCAUGAGUGAUUUGCUCGCACCCAUCCUGGCUGUUGUGCAGGAUGAGGCACUUGCCUUCUGGUGCUUUGACGCACUCAUGCACAGAGAUGCGAAUGUCUUUGAUGAGCUGGGCCUGCGCAUGAGCCAGGUGCUGGCUGACCUGCAAGCGCUGGUCCGCUAUGCCAUACCGGAACUGCACGACUAUCUGUGUCACCGUGAUGUCGUGACCAUGCUCUUCUGCUACCGCUGGCUCCUCCUCUCCUUCAAGCGCGAAUUCUCCAUGCAGGAGACGAUGAUGCUGUGGGACUUAAUGUGGAGCCAGUACCGCACACGCGACUUUCCUGUGUUUGUCGCUGCUGCUGUGCUGAAGGUGACGGCGCCUGCGCUGAUGGCUGCUGAUCGCCCGCCUGAUCAAGUGCUCGAGUUCUACACGCGUCUCGCCGGCACACUCGAUGUCACCAAAGUCAUCGCCACUGCCAGACAAAUCUUGUAUCAGCUGCGCCACGACCCAGACCGCCCACAGCACCUCGACCACCUCGUUUCGUUACCGCACCACCGUAUCCGCAAGAGCGACCGCCAUACCCCAUCUUGAAGUACAGCACCAUUGUCACUGCGAUGUGCUCUCGCGCGCAUGUGCACGGUAUCAAUGCACAUAACAUACGUGUCUUCGCUCGCACAGCUUCCUUUGUGCUGUCUUUGUUGCUGUGCUCUCUCCCUUUGUUCUCUACCACUAGCAGCUAGCUUCAUUUCUUGACCGUGUACGUCUUUCCAUGUCCUUCUUUCGUUCUUGUUCUCUGUGUUUGGCACUGGCUGCUUGUUCAUUGUUACGAUCGUGUCAUCAGCAAAUACAGUCAGCAGCACGCAAGCAAGUGAACAAAAC